AAAACCCAGCAGUUGCUGCAACAACAAAUGCAGUGAACUAAGAUCCAAUCAGAAUGCGUGCUCCUCUGUGCUUCGGCUGCCAGCGCUGCCUGCUUGGCCGGGCGACAAUCCAAUUAGCCGCAGCCUUCCAGGCCAGACAUCUGGCGAACAAAGACGCCUCGGAUAUUGUGUUGCCCCCGGAACCCACCACCUGCUGCAUGUCCGGUUGCCCCAAUUGCGUCUGGGUGGAGUACGCGCAGACUGUGGCCAAGCUGCUGGGGGACAACGAUGAGCGUGCCCGUGAGAUUGUUCUGGCCAAGAUCAAAGAUCCCAAUUUGCGUAUGUUUUUGAGCAUGGAGCUGCGCAACUUGAAACAGCUGCGAGACAGCGCAGAGGAGGCGAAAAAGAAACCCAAAUAAUCCAAACUGUAGCACCAAAUUGUAUUCAAAUACAUUAGCAAAAUUCGAUUAUGCCAUAA